CGUGUACCGGUACUUAAACAUUUUGUUUGUUCUAUAAAAACUGAAUUAAACUAUUUAUUCUUGAAUUACAUUAAUUAAACUGAAUUAAACAAUUUAUUAUUGAAUUACACGGUUUAUAUAAAUGUAAAACAAAAAUGGCGUCAUUUGAACAAUUUGUAAUAAAAGUAAAACCAGCGCUGGACAUGUUUCUGCGGUUGCCAAACAGGGAGCACUUGGAGAGACUACGCUAUGAACUCUUGCAUUUCAACUUUAGUCAAAUGAAAGUAUUCCAUGCACAAAUAUUAGCACCGCUGGUGCUUAAAUUGGAAGAGCUAAAUGGUGCAAAUCAGGAUUUGAUGACGGGCAUUUUGGAUUGUGUGCGUAUUGUUAUGUCCAAGCUCUACUUAGAUGAUAUACAGGAAUUACGCACAUUGUUAGUAAUCGUGCUAAAACAAAUUCGUGAAUCUGGUGCAAUCACAAUACGCCCCAAUAUAAGUGAAGAGCUAAAAUUGGUUUCAGUGCAAUGCAUUGCAGAGGCACUACGGCGGUCGAGUAGUGAUGUACUGGAAGCGUUUUACAAGCAAGAAUCUGCUUUGCUCCUGGGACAGAUACUCUUAUCGCUGGUUGAGUUUAUUGAAAAAGAAAAAUAUCGGAAGCUAGUUAUAUCAUCACUCGUUUGUUUGAUGACCAUAUUCUAUGUUCAUGAUGAAGCGGAAUUUACAGAUGUUGUGCUGCGAAAUCAAGUAGCCGAUACGAUUUUUAUAUUUUUACCGAAAAUUGUUACUGUUUUAUUGAAAACUAGUCUAGCUGAUGAAAAAUUAGGCGAGACACUAAAGGCGACAGCCAUUAAAGCGCUAGGACGAAUACUAUGCGUGGUUUUCGAUCAUUCGAGCGAUGUAAUAAUCAAACACAGUUAUGAUAAGAAUGAAUUUAAAAAUCUACUUAAUGCAAUGUCGCAACAUAAAAACGAUUCAACUGAAUUUGAUAUUUACGCAACAACCAGUAAAAACUCAACUGAGCAGAUUGAAAGUCGUCUCAAGCGCAUGCAAAGCAGUGGACGCUCCAAACACUGGUUUAAAGAAACUUCAACAAAGCUUCGCAUAGUUUACACACAAACAAGUAUUUUGCGUUCGCACGACUCAGUGCGCGUGCGCAACGAAUAUGCACGCAUGUGUUGCACGCUAAUAGAACAUUGCGGCCAGAAUCUUUCGGGAAAUUUUCUGAUUUUACUCGAGAACGUAGUAGCUAUGUCCGAGGAUGAAGACAGAAAUAUAAGUGAACUGUGUGCCCAAACAUUAUCACAGCUACAGCUAGAAGGUAGUGCUAAUGAGUGUAUUUUUGACGAGUACGCCGACACACUAUUCGAUGAACAUUUAGCGAAAUUACCGCGCAUAAUCAAUCGCUGUGCCGAUGCUGAGCAAUAUGCUGAAUUGAUAUUCCUAAAAGGUUUUCUGAAAAACCUAAGCGCAUCGCGAAUAAAUUCUUUAUUAUUAGUGCCGAAAAAUUUAGAAAUGCUUUGUAGAUGUCUGCUCGCUGCAGUUGAUAUGAAACUUUGUCGUGAUUUUUUAAUGGAAGAAUAUGCGGUGCGCGAAGUGGUGGAGGCUGAUUUCGCCGUUUGUGCGAAACUCAGUUGGCGACAAUAUAAACAUUUGAAUAGUGAACGUUGCAUUAAAUUAGUGAAAGAUAUUUGCGCGAUUUUAGGCAACACAAAGGGACUUAAUCGUAUGGUGUAUGAUUUUCUCUCAGAGCUUUUGGACCAAAACAGUGAAGCCAUGAAUGAAAUUUUGCAAAUAAUGCUUUGGGUGGGCACAGUGUGUGACAAGCGGAAUGUUGCUACCAAUAUAGAGUUGGUGGAAAUGCUAAUUGAAGAAGUGUUGCUGGAUAAACACUGGCACUUAGCAUUGCGACCGGAUGCCAGCUGGCGUCUGAAGGUGAACAAGCCAACUAACUGGUUUGUGGACAAUACGCCCGGGUUAUACGAGUCGGCGGUGGAAAUUAGAACACAAGAUGUGGAUUCUGAUGAUGAAAAGGAUGCUGAUGAAGUCAGCAAGUCACAGCGCGUCACCAUUUUGGAUGCCGAGUUCAAUGUAUUACACACAUGCCUUACUUUGGAUGUCUUAGGACACUGUGCCGUAUAUUUCGGCGAGCGUUUUAACCGUUAUAUCUUUCGUUGCCUGCAUAAAGUGCUUUUGAAAGUUGCAAGCAGCAACACAAUGGUUUAUCAAGCGGCCAAUUUUUGCCUGGUCUCCAUACAGAAAGCGCUAAAAUGUGCAAAUAUCUCGGAAUUGAUUGAAACACAUACUGAUUAUCUCAGCUAUCAUCUGAAUACUAUACUAAGAAGGUCACCUGAAAGUCACGCUGCAGUUGACAUACUCACCGUGCUACUACAAUUAAGCACUCGCAAUGCCUUACCACAUUUGGAAAACAUUUUCCAAACAAUCUACAAUGAAUGUAGUAAAUCUCAGCAAUCGGAAAAUAUCAAUGCAUUCUUGCGUGUUUUCAAUGCAUUCUUAAAGCAUGUCGCACGUUGGCAAUUGUCGAGUGAUGUGGAAGUUUCCUCCGUGCCCAUGCAAGUGGAGGAAACGCAAGAUACAGAUCUACUACAAAACUGGUUGGACAUAUUGGGAAGAAACACUCAAUUCAUUGAGCAUGAAAGUGUGAAUAUGGAGAGUGAAGCAAAUGCAAAAAGUACAACAAACAACACGGAAGAUGUUGAGAUGAAAGAUGAGGAAGCCGAAGCGGAGCAGGAUUUGAAACCACAACUACCACGUCAUAUACAAAUGGUUAAGGAUAUAACAAAUCAGGUUUUGCGAUUUGUGGGUUUUCUUGAGCAAACGCAUCAAAUACUGGCGCUCGAGUGUCUAAUACAGGCUGUGCCCUUACUGCGUGAUUAUGAGGAUGAGCUGCUGCCGUUGGUGCAUCUAAUGUGGGCACCAUUAGUGGAGCGGUUUCGUAAUAACGAUGCUGUUGUUUUAAAUCGCUGUUUCACAUUGCUAAAUGUGCUUGCCACACACGCGAAGGAAUUCAUAUUGAAGCGUAGUUUAGACGAUGUGAUACCUAAUCUGAAAGACUUCUUGCAUAAAUCAUCCAAAACCAGCAUGGCUGAAAAACUCAAUGCUCACACACAAGAGUAUAAGCUACAAGUGAUUCUGCUGGAAAACUUUGCUAAUCUCAUUGAAUGCUUACAAAUCGAUGGCAAACAUUUGAAUGAUAUCGCUGAAAUUGCAACGCUUUACCUUGCCCAAGAGCAGCCGAAGGAAUUACAUGAAUUAGCCAUCAAAUUCUAUCUUCAUUUGCGUCUGUAUAAUGGACCGCUGACGUAUAUGAUUGUGCUCAAGAAAGCGCAUAUACCUAGUUAUAAGGACAAUGCAGAGAAAGUGCUGACAAUUUUUUAUAAAAAUCAAAAUUCUAACGGUAUUUGAGUAUAAAUUAUAAUGGAAUAACAUUUCAUUGACUCGUUUGGAUUUUAUAGCGGGAGUGCAGUGUUAGCCCUAAUGAGAUAAUAUUUGGCUAAUAUUUUUUACCCUUCCAAUAACAAUAAUACCACGUAAUUGAAGUUGUUUGAUUCCAAAUAAGUUAAUUAUAACUGAAAAUAGAGUGUAGAAGCAAUUGGGUAAUAUUACUGAGAAAUAUUUCCUUGUAAAAUUUACUUUUUACAUUAUAUUUCCUUAAUAUAAUCAUAUAUAAAUAAGUAUAUAAAAACGUACACCAUUUGUACCGAUUUUUUUUCAUUUUCAUUAUAUAUUAUGUUAAGUAUUAGAUUUUUAGCUAAUUCCGUUAAGAUAUCUACCAUAUUGACCGAUAUAUAUAGUAUAAAGCCAAACGGAGGGUAAAAAUCAAUAAAUUUGGUAUUCUAUAAUAUACAUCGAA